AUGUUGUGGCUACCACUCAAUCCCAGCCAGAGGCUGCCCCUGACCGUGGUCAUCACCUCCGUGCUCUGGCUUUUAUACAGGCGUCUGUUCCGCAAAGCACCCACCCAUCCGUUGCCUCCUGGGCCGGCUGGCAAGUUCCUCAUCGGCAAUGCCGGCCAGCUGGGUGAUGAACACCCUGAGCAGGACUACAUACAGUGGGGAAAGGAAUACAAGUCCGAUGUUAUUUACACCAGCGUGCUCGGUCAGCACAUGGUGUGCCUAAACAGCGUGCGAGCUGCUACAGAUCUCCUUGAUCUUCGAGGCGCAAACUACUGUGACCGGCCGCGGUUCACCUUGUUCGAGGUCAUGGGCUGGGGCCUGACCCUGACAUUCCUCCCCUGGGGACCGCAGUUCAAAGUACACCGACGGCUUUUCCAAUCAAGGUUCAUGCAGUCCAAAAUAAAAUCCUUCCAGUCAAUCCAGGUUCACGAAGCGCGGAAGGCGGUAUGCUCACUCGUCACUGACCCAGCAAGCUGGAAGGAAGCCACACUUCUCAUGACGACGAGCAUCAUCUUCCGAGUUGCCUACGGGCAGGGGGUCAGUGACCAAAACUCGCCAUACUUCGCAAUGGCUAUUGAUGCCAACGAUGCCACCACGAAUGGGGGAAUCGCAGGGUCGACCCUGGUUGAUAUCUUCCCACCUGCUCGCUGGUUGCCCCAGUGGCUUUGCCCGUCGGCGCCACUGCGGCAUGCGAGGAAGAGUCGUGCUGCUAUCCAACGAAUCCACAAUGUACCCUGGGAAUCCAACAUGCAGGCCAUCGACGCUGGCACCGCAUCCACAUCAUUCAUGAAAACACACCUCGAGAAGUACCGCGCAGCGCUAAAGUCCGGCGAGCCCCAAGACCUGACACCAGCCGACAUCAAAGGCGCGACCUGUGCCGUCUUCAUCGCCGGCGGCAACAGCACCUACGGAACUAUCCUCAGCUGCAUGCUCUUCCUAACCAAGUACCCAGCCCUACAAGCGCAAGUAGCCGCCGAGCUCGACGAGCUCCUGCUAUCUGGUAAUAGAAAGUCUCCCCGUCUCCCAACCUUUGACGACCGCCCCGCCCUGAAGCGCCUCAACAACUUCAUGCAAGAGACGCUGCGCUGCCUGCCCCUGAACCCGCUCGUGAUCCCGCACAAAUCCCUCAGAGAGGACGUGUACCGCGGUCAGCGCAUCCCGGCCGGCACCACGGUGUUCGCGAACACGACGGCCAUGUCGACGGACCCGGCCACCUACGCCGAACCGCACGUCUUCGAUCCCAGCCGGUACGACCGGGACGAGCCGCCGCCGAGCGGCAACUUCGGGUUUGGCCGCAGGCGGUGUCCCGGGAGCCAUCUGGCGCUGGCUAGUGUGUACAUGUUCCUCGCGACCCUCUUGGCGGUGUUCAAGCUUGAGAUGGUCCUGGAUGCGGAGGGGCGGCCGAAGGAGCCGGUUCCGGGCGUGAGGGUGGGACUUGGAGGUCAUCCGAAUGAGUUUGAGUCUCAGGUCGUGCUGAGGAAUCCGGAGAUGGCGAGGUUGCUGCUUGUUAGGGAGGAGUGGUGA